UUUGAACUUUAGUAAUUUGUAAUUGUACAGAAGGAGCUUUGUCACAUUCCAGUGUUCCUCUGGGUCUCUGCAGCGGAACCUGAUUUCCCAUGAUCCUCUUCCUCCAGAGACACUGAUGACGAACAUAAAUAGGUGUGAGAGGAGGAACAAAAUAGAUGUGUGUAGAAACAGAGACAUAAAGGAGAAACUUUAAACCUCUGAAUGCUGAUGAGGAAAGACAUCGUGCCACUAGACUCUGCUGACGCGCCGAGUGGAAAAUAAAAAACGUGUGUCCGUUAAAUUGAAGGUCAUCAGGGAGGAGACGCACCAUGGCACUACAACACGGAAAAACACUAAACACACACAUCAGUCCGGACACAUGGAGGUCCACCAUCAUACUGUUGAAGCGGAUGGUGCAACAGUUGGAGGUCAACGAUGUGAACUUCGAGGAGCUGAAGAGGAACUUGGAUUUCACUGCUUCAUUACUGGAGGCUUUUUACACCAACAGAACACAACAAUCCUUUGAUGCUGAUGAUGACCUGCAGCUCCGCUCUGAUGUCGUCCCUGUGGAGGUUCGUGAUUGGCUUGCGUCUACAUUUACUCAGAGAGUUCAGCCAUUCAGCCAACGCCUGGAGGAGAAACCAAAAUUCCGCAGCAUUGUUCAUGCAGUGCAGGCUGGGAUAUUCGUGGAGCGGAUGUUCCGUAAAGCGUACUCUAAUGCCAUGCCGGAUCAACCUGCUGAUGUGAUCAUCUGUUUAAGGGAUUUGGACAGGUGGAGUUUUGAUGUGUUUUCUCUGGAUGCUGUCAGUUCAGGACAUUCACUAAAAACACUCUUCAUAGAGCUGAUCAUUAAACACCAUCUGAACAGCAGAUUUAAGGUACCACUCUCAUGUUUGAUGUCAUUCCUGUGUGAGUUGGAACGCGGUUACAGCAAACACACCAAUGCAUAUCACAACCACACACAUGCAGCUGACGUCACACACACAGUGCACUGUCUACUGCUGCACACUGGAGUACUGUACUGGUUGACAGACUUAGAGGUGUUGGCGUGUCUGUUUGCAGCAGCCAUUCAUGAUUAUGAACACACAGGAAACAGCAACAACUUCCACAUAUACACACGGUCUGAAAUGGCGAUGAUCUAUAACGAUCGCUCUGUGCAGGAGAGUCACCACGUCAGUGCCUCAUUCCGCCUCCUGCAGAAUGAAAACACAAACAUCUUUAUGAACCUCACUCGCCCCGAAUGGCUUGAGCUGCGGACUCUAGUGAUAGAGAUGGUGUUGGGAACAGACAUGUCCUCUCAUGUUCUUCAGGUCAAAGCCAUGAGGACGUGUUUACAGCAACAUGAAAGCAUUGAUAAACCAAAGGCGCUGUCUCUGAUUCUUCAUGCGGCUGAUAUCAGUCACCCUGCUAAACCGUGGAGUUUACACUCACGCUGGACCCCUAGACUGAUGGAGGAGUUUUUCACACAGGGAGAUAAAGAAGCUGAACUGGGUUUGUCUAUCUCACCUCUGUGUGACAGACACAACACACCUGUCUCUCAGUCUCAGAUCGCUUUUAUAGAGUUUAUUGUGGAACCAACAUUUUCAUUAAUCAGCGAUAUGUCAGAGAAAAUCAUCAUCCCUCUGAUACAGGACACAACUGAUCCAUCAAUCUGCAGCAGAUACCGAGGAUUACAGUGGACUGUAGCAGACCUGGUUGGCUUUAGAUCCAUGUGGAUGAGACACACUGAGGAGAACAAGAGCAGGUGGAGGGACAAAAUGAAGAAUGGUGAGAGUCACAGCUAUGAGUCUGAAAUUCAGACAGAAGAAGAAACUGCAGGAAAAGAGCAUUAAACUGAUAAAUUAAUGCAGAAGAUACAAAAGAAGAGGAAGAUGAUGAUCUGUGGCAAGAACGUGGUGCUGCAGCUAGAAAGUAGAAUUAAUUCUACACAUUUAUGAGUUUAAUAUUUUUAAUACACAUCUCACUGUUUAAGCCACACUGUAUCAUUAUAACACUGCCACACACACACAAUCAAGUGUGAUAUUGUGUAUGUGUUUUUGUGUUAUAUUGUGUGUGUUUGUGAUAUUGUGUGAUAUGAUGUGUGUGUUCUUGUAUAAUGAAUAGUUUGCAGUUUUAAUUUACUUGGAAAAACCACAAGUCUGAGAAAUUUUAGUGUGAAUGUCCUGGACUUGUCCUGGUGCUGUGUUUGGUUCAGACCCAGAGACACCAGACAAAGACUAAUGACGUCCUUCUGGUGUUUUCCAGAGUGACACAUCCUGAUCUUACAUCAUUACUGUUGGUGGCAGUAGGGCAGUGUUGUAAUGUAACAGAGUACAAAUACUUUGUUACUGUACUUAAGUAGAAAUUUCACGUAUCUGUACUUUACUUCGCUAUUUAAUUUUAUGCCAACUUUCACUUUUACACCACAACAUUUCCUCCGUUAUAUUUCCACUAAACAUCUUCGUUACUCGUUACUACAAAAUAAAACCAGAAGAAAUGUGUGUGACUGCAGUAAGGGAGGUUUGGUGAAUGACUGCUCCUAGAUUGCAUUAUUAUUAUUAUUAAUGCUCUAUUUCAGCGUAAUGUUGCUAAAGGAGGAAGCGCAACUGAAACCGCCAUGGAUGCACCUGCUGGAGGGGCAUUCACUAAAUUCCAGGGGUUUCGUUACCACGAUGUAAAGUGGGCGUGUUUCAGGAGGUCGUGGAAAAACGACCUCUUUCAAAAAACAUCAUACUACGAAGGACAAAACAGUCAUACAGGUAGAUUUAUUUUAGAAAACAAAUAAAAAACCAAAAACUACGGUUAGGGUUAGAUUAUCAAAUAGGUGACGCCUACCUGAUGACGCAAUAUCUGUUACACUGUUCUGAAAUCCCUGGAAAUAAGUGCCUGGCCCACUGGAGGACCUCCCGUUAUCGUAGACGACCACACGGCGAUAGUCCAAGAUGAAUAAGACUGAAUUCUGGCAACUUUCAAAACCAGCUUCUUUUGAAGAUGAACAGACACCCUUUCAGUUUCAACUAAUGACUGGUGUAUUAGUAGCUGCUGGACAUAGGUGGCCUGUGUGUGUGUGUGUGUGUGUGUGUGUGUGUGUGUGUGUGUGUGUGUGUGUGUGUGUGUGUGUGUGUGUGUGUGUGUGUGAGAUGUUGACCUGGGGAGUAAGCCCUACAAAUGCUCAUACCACAUGACCAAAAUGUUCUCCCUACAAGCAGGUCUUUUUUUUUUAAAGAAAUAAGUUAUUAUUUAUUUUUCAUUUUUACCUGAAGUUCAUACAAAAGUGAAAUUUCUGUUUCUGUUUUUUUUCUUUGAUGUCAGCUCUAAAAAUAAGCUGUUUGUUCUUUGAACUUAAGAGAAUUGUGCCUGAAAAGUCCUGGAAAAGAUUUUGUGAUUUUGAUUUGAUGAGUGAGAUUAAGAUGAUACGGGAACCCUGAAUAUGCUUUACUAUAAGAAAGCCACAAUAAAGUUCACAAUCAAAGUUCUAA